AUGAAUCUGCCCACAUACUCGCUCGCCGACUCACCCCACUCGACCAUCCUCAACGUCUGUCUGGGCGUGCCCCCCUCAACCCGGCCAGCAGUCCUCCCAUCAUCCUCAAAGCGCAUCAGACCGCACAGGAAACCAGAUCUCAAGGGGAAGGCCCCUCAGCGAGACCAAGCAGACCUCGAAGAAGAAGAAGAGGAACAGUGGCAGGACGCCGAGUACCGUCGAUACCCCACUCGGCCGGCUGCCGAACAUCCAUCAUCCGCCGAUCACCCCGCUCCCAAUCAGCUCCAGGAAGACCAGAACCAUCCGCUGCUCAAGCAUACCGGCUGGGACGAGAGUUUUGCGACUGCGACCGCCGAGGGAUGGGCGAUCUAUCGGAACUUCCCGCUGAGUGUCAUCCACAAACACGUUGUUCCGAAUGGUUCGUUACGGAUCGUCAUGCCGCUGCAUCGGACGAACAUACUCUAUCUCGUCGGCGGCCCGCCGAGCCCGUUAUAUUCGCCGAACAAGGUGGUGGUCUACGACUGUUCGAUAUCCAAAGCGGUGUUCACGAUCGAGCUGAGCUCGCCCGUGGUCGGCUUGGCAGGCCGACGAGACAAGCUGGUGGUGGUCUUACAGGAUCGGGUGGUGCUGUUUGGAGUGAAUGGGGAGGGUGUGUGGGAGGAGGGGGAAUGGGAGACGUGCGUGAACCCGAAAGGCCUGGCGUGUCUCGGCUCGGCGCCCGAAAGCAGUCUGCUGGUCUUCCCCGGGCGUCAAGCGGGCAAGGUCCAGGUGGUGCAUCUGCCGCGCUUCCAGCCCGACCGGCCCGUCCCGCCCGGCGUCCGGAGCCCAGCCGGCCAGCCCCCAUACCCCUCCACCGCCAUCCUCGUCGCCCACACCACCCCGCUCGCCAGCCUCGCUAUCACCCCCUGUGGCAAGCUUAUCGCCACCGCUUCGGUCACCGGAACCCUCAUCCGGAUAUGGAACGCUAAAUCCGCCGCCCUCGUCCGCGAACUCCGCCGCGGUACCGACGGCGCUGUCAUGUGGGGCUUGCGCUUCAGACCCGACGGGCUCGCCAUAUGCGCCAGCAGCGACAAGGGCACCAUCCAUGUCUGGAGCCUUGCCGAGAAGGCUAAAGCCAAAGAGCCCAGCGAGGAUACAGGGAAAGCCGGGCGGCCGUUGGCGUUACUGAAGCCCUAUCUGCCGAAAUACUUCCACUCGACCUGGUCAGACGCAUUCUUCCGGCUGCCAGGCCCGGGCGGCAAAGCGCCGCGAACGACGGGUCUUCCCGGCAUAUUUGGGCCCUCGACGGGGCCAUCGGGCGAGCCUCAGAAAGCGGCAGGAGGAGGGGGAGAGGAAAGAGAAGGGAUGGGCGGGCCGAGGACGGUGGAGGACGAUGUCAGUCUGGUCAGCUGGAUCCUCGCCCACGCCCCCGGCCUCGACCCCCCGUCCAUCGAGCCCCAGAUCGUCGCCAUCACCCGCUCCGGCGCCUGGUUCAGACUCCGCAUCCCCCUCGCCUCCGGCCCCAUCUCCCAGCCCCCCCACCCCACCCCCACUCCCUCUAAAAACACCGCCCUCGAUCGUAGCGUCCAGCUCGAAUGCGUCGAGUAUCGAAGGUUUAAUGAAGACGACGAGUGGAGCGACGACGAUCAGAACGACCUUCUCGGCCGGUUUCCUUCUUGA